UCAGCCUAUGACGACAAGCAGCACAGCAAGCGGAAAGAGAUCUCCUCUCGUUCGUGGUUCAACUCCACCUCAGCCACACCAGGAAGUGCAGCAGGCAGUCUGCUCCAUAAGCUUGGCCUGCAGGGGAAAGAAGCAGCAGUGGCCAAAGCCCUGGGCUCCUCACACAGCCCCUUGAUCCGCAAACGCACAGGAGGACUGGGAAUUAAAACUGAACCCUGCGCCACCAUCACUCGCAGGAAGUCAUACCCUGAAAUCAACACAUGUGAUGGAGAGAUUUCAAAGGUCGCACAAAGAGAGGAAGCCCCAAGUAUAGCCACUACAAAAGUGGGACAGGAGGUAACAGAGACAAAUGACAGUGGCUUCAGGGAGGCGCUUGCCAAAACCACAGAGGAAGCAGAUGAAGGACUAACGAAGGACUUUGGGAAGGAGAAGGAACAGUACAAAAGUUUGGGAGCCGUCACAUCUCUGGUGGCAGACUACAGCGACUCAGAUUCAGACCCUGGACAAUGCGGCUGAAUGAUAAUCAUUUUGUAAGAGUUAAACACAAACUGAAAAUGCUUGUGAGAGCUGCAGACAUCUGCUUUAACAUGUGUUGCCGUUCACUUGUGAAAACAGUGGUGUUAACUCGUCUAUCUGGUCACAAUGGAAAUAUUUUGUUUUCUAACACAAAAUGUGUGAAAUAAGAUUUUAGUUUUAAGCUUGGCGGCCUGCGGAAAUCAUUGUCAUGAAUGUGUCAUAUGAUGAUCCAGUCUGUUAAUAAGGACUAAGUGCAAAUGCUGAAAACCCAGCUUAAAAUGUUAUUAGUUUUUUAGAUUUCCACAUAUCUGUGGACUGAUGACAACACUGUCAGACACCUUGUAAAAGUAAAUGCAAAAUACUGUGUAAUACCAUUAAAACUGUUAUUUGAGUUGA